GGUUCCGCUUCCUCGCUUCUAUAAAAUCCAUAUACAAACACUCGUAUCAACAGGACCACCUACUUUCUCUCUCUACAAAUCCACUUUCUCUCUCUAAAAUUCCAGUUUCUCAGACAUGGCAACCGAUGCUACAAACGGAGCAGCUCCGGCAGCACCUCAAGUGACGUUCACAGCACUAAAACCGCAGGUGUUUGUGGAAGCCUCAAAGGUGAACGACGCCGUUGCAUUUUACAAGGCGGCGUUUGGAGCUGAGGAGGUGAAUCGCGUAAGUAAUCCGAAGAGGAAAGCCGAUCAGGAGCUUCCGCUGCUUCUCUCCGCUGAGAUCAAGCUCGGUUCGUCUACGAUUCUGAUUUCUGAUCUCGCUGAUGACUCCACAGCUCUUGUUAAGGCUAGUGGUACGGGGCUGGUGUUCUGCUUGGAGACAGAGGAGGAGGACAUUGAAGCCGCUGUGGAAAAAGCUGUGAAAGCUGGUGCUGUAGCUGAAAGUGAAGUGACUGAAGGUGACGGCGCGUGUUGUGGUGGGCGCGUGGGGAAGGUCAAGGAUCCUUAUGGGAUUGUCUGGCUCAUCUGUGCUCCUGCCAAAAAGUGUGCUGACGUGGAGGCUUAGAAGCCGUUGGAUUAAAUAAGGGUGUUUAGCAGGAAAUCUGGUUAUGUAGUAUUUGGUGGUAGACGGUUUGGAUUAUGUGUGGUGCUAAUUGCUAUUUUGAACACUAAUUGACCAAAAUUAUGGAUUUGCUUUUCAUAGAUU